AUGGGGAGGUUUGGCAUUGCCUUCCUGCUAUUAGUGAUUCACCUACUGUUUUUGUCAUGCACGGUUUGUGGUGCCCUGUUUUCAUCCAACUACACCGAUGAAUCGGCUCUUCUUUCGUUCAAGUCCGCAAUCACCUUCGACCCCAACAACGUUUUGGGGAGUAACUGGACGGAAAACACCAACUUUUGCCAAUGGGUUGGUGUCUCGUGUAGCCGCCGACACAGGCAAAGAGUCACAGCUUUGGAUCUUUAUGACAUUGGACUCCAUGGCACCAUCUCCCCUCAUGUGGGUAACCUCUCCUUUCUCAAGGUGCUAAGUCUUUGUCAUAAUAAUUUUCAUGGUCAACUUAUUCACCAGAUCAGUCAUUUGCGUCGCUUGAAAGUACUCAAUGUACAGGCUAACUACUUGGAAGGGGUGAUCCCUGCAAGUAUACACCAUUGCCGACAGCUUCAAGUCAUAUGUCUGGUAAUGAAUGAAUUUAGUGGCAGCAUACCCAAGGAAUUGAGUACCUUGUCCAGUCUCCGUGUGCUUUAUCUAGAACAAAACAACCUCACAGGUACAAUUCCAUCUUUCUUUGCUAACAUGUCAAGCUUAAAGUGGCUUGGUUUGAGAAAGAACAAGUUUCAUGGAAAUAUUCCUAAUGAGAUAUGUAAUGUUCCAAGUUUGGAAAUACUUAAUUUCGGUAGAAAUUAUCUCACUGGGUCGAUUCCUCCAUUUAUAUUCAACAUCUCCUCUUUACAACAUGUUUCCUUACACUUUAAUGACCUUUCCGGAAAUCUUUCCUUGAGCAGUACUAAUAGGCCUUCUAAUCUUAAAUAUCUCAACCUUAUAGUAAAUCAACUCAGUGGAAACAUCCCUUCCUAUCUGUCCAAUUUUUCUAUGCUCAAUGAAUUAUGGCCGUGUCACAACCAAUUCACUGGAACAGUACCCGCAAGUCUUGGCCACUUAGAAUCUCUCACAACACUUUGUCUCGAGCAUAACCAGUUAACUAUAGAGCCCAGAAGUCAGGAACUUGGUUUUCUCACUUCUUUGUCAAGCUUGAAAUCGCUGGAAAGGUUGACCAUACAUGAUAAUCCAUUUCACGGCAUCUUACCAAAUUCUUUUGGAAAUCUUUCUAGUUCUCUUCUCAAUUUUGAUGCAUCUAAUUGCCAACUAAUGGGUCGAAUUCCUGAAAGAAUAGGUUCCUUUACAAACUUGAAUUAUCUUAUCUUGAGUGGCAACAAUUUCAACGGGUCCAUUCCGUCUACAAUCGAGGGUAUGAAAGAGCUUCAAAGGUUUUACCUUGAUAGAAACAGGCUUGAAGGAUCCAUUCCAAAGGAGAUUUGCAGUUUGCGCAACUUGGGAGAUAUUAGACUCCACAACAAUAGCCUCUCUGGUUCAAUCCCUGCAUGCAUCGGAAAUGUUAGUGGGUUGCGGACGUUGUCAUUGCAUUCUAAUUCAUUGAACUCGUCAAUACCAUUGAGUUUAUGGAGCUUGGAUAAUAUGUGGUUCUUGAAUUUGUCAUUCAAUUCAUUAACUACUCUAGAUCUCAACAUUAGACCACUGAAAACACUUAGAACCAUAGAUUUGUCUUGGAACCAAUUCUCAGGUAACAUUCCAAGCACUUUGGGAGCCUUUCAAAGUCUAGGUUCUAUCAACUUGUCAGGGAAUUCAUUUUCGGGACACAUACCUGAAUCAUUUGGUAACUUGAUAACGCUGGAUUUCAUGGACCUCUCCCACAACAACCUAUCUGGUUCUAUACCUAAGUCUCUAGAGGCACUUCCACAUCUCAAAUAUUUGAAUCUCUCUUACAAUGAGCUAUCUGGGGAGAUCCCAAGUGGAGGUCCUUUCGAAAAUUUUACAGCAGAAUCUUUUAUGAAGAAUAAAGCACUUUGUGGGAAACCAUCUUUACAGGUUCCGCCAUGCUCAGGUUCAAGAACUAAACAUUUUCCUUACAAAUAUGUUCUUCCAGCCAUUGUUGCAUCAGUGGCAAUCUGCAUUGCUCUAUUGUAUAUGGUGCUCAAAAAAUAUAAUGGAAAUAAAGUAGAAGCACAAAGUUCUAAUCCAUUAGACGGAAGGGACCAUAGGUUGUUUUCAUAUCAAGAGCUUUGUAAUGCUACAAAUAACUUCUGUGAAGCGAACUUGAUUGGCAUAGGAGGUUUUGGUGCAGUGUACAAAGGAAUACUUUCUGACGGAACAAAUGUGGCUGUGAAAAUUCUAAACUUGCAACUUGAGGAAGCUUUCAAAAGUUUUGAAGCAGAAUGCAAAGUGCUGCGAACUGUUAGGCAUCGGAAUCUUGUUAAGGUCAUAAGUACAUGUUCUAACAUGGAGUUAAGAGCAUUGGUUUUGCAAUACAUGCCUAAUGGUAGUCUAGAGAAAUGGUUAUAUUCUCACAACUACUGCUUGAAUCUCCUUCAAAGAGUGAGCAUUAUGCUUGAUGUGGCUUUAGCUUUGGAGUAUCUUCAUCAAGGUCAAUUAGAGCCUGUUGUCCACUGUGAUUUGAAGCCUAGCAAUGUCCUUUUAGAUGAAGACAUGGUCGCGCAUGUGAGUGAUUUUGGCAUUGCAAAGAUAUUAGCUGAAAAUAAGACUGCAACACAAACGGAGACUUUAGGUACAGUCGGCUACAUUGCACCAGGUAAUUUUUUUUCAACCUUAUUCACCAUGUUUUCUGUGCAUAACUUCCUUUUUAAUUUUUAUUUAUUCAAAAUUGUUAGAAUAUCCAAUUUUAUAUGUAUGGAAACUCAGACCCUUGCUACAUUAUUAUUAUUAUUAUUCAAUAUUUUUGAAAAAAUUUAUCCUUAG